AUGGCCGUUAUCAGGGAACGAUCCCCAAGUGAGAUAAAUAUUGAGAAAAAAUUACUGAACUUCGAAGAAGAUAGCACAGAGGACGGUGAAUCGCCAAAUUCUCUUUAUGGAUUUUUCAGGAAGAAAACUAAAAGCAUGGUCGAUUAUCACUUCGACAAGAUGAAAAAGAAAAAAGCGGCCAAGAAAGAAAAUAUACCUGAAAAAAAGCCAAAAAUCAGGGCAGGAGAAGAAACUGAUAUAAAAAAUAUUACUAUAAAAAGAAAGAAAGGAAAAUUAGCUAAAAAGAACGAAGAUGAAGAGAUUACUGAAGAAAAUGAGUUUUCAAGAGUCAAAGAAAUGCUGAAGAAAAGAAGAUUUGUCAUAGAAAGCGCUAUUGUCCAAUUACAGUCUCAAAUGAAGCCUUUAAGCACCAUAAAAGUAACUACAAAUAGAGAGCAUCUAGUGCAACAAGUUUGCGAUGUUGAAAGCGUGAAUGAGAAAAUAAUUUCUGACUUAGAAAGUCAGCUAUUAUCUCUCCACGAUUGCAUGAGGCAGAUUGAAAAACUUGGUCAUAUUUCCUUACAUGAAACUAAAGAAUUAAAAACAGAAAUUUCUUUAUCACAUGAAAAUGAGCUAAAAAAAGAAAGAGAAAAAUAUGAAAGACAAAUAGAAGCUUUAAAAGAACUUAAUAACAAGCUAUCAAAUUUGCCAAGAGCUACUGAUGUGGAAUAUGAAUAUAAAAAAAAGCUUAAAGAGCUAGAACAGCAAAUUGAGCAGAAAAAUAUUUCAUUAGAAGAAAAAACUGAAAAUCUGAUAAAGAAGUCAACAGAAGUUGGAAACUUACAAGUUAACUUGCAUAGAAAACAGCAAGAAAUUGAAAAGCUUAACAACGAAGUUGAAAAUAUGCAGAAAAUCCUUGAAUCCAGGCAAUUCGAAUUUGAUGAGCAGAUGAAACACAAUGGUGCAGGCUUCCAAAACUUAAACGAGAGAUAUAAAGCACUAACGAGAGAGCUCGAGCAGUCAAAAAUAUCUGCGAAUGAAAGAAUCGUCGCUUUAGAGCAAUCAAAAGAUAAAGAAAUUCUUCGCCUGCAAAAGGAACUCACAAAAGCUGACCAAGAUUUCAGAGAAAGACUAAACAGCUUUAAGUUAGACGAUGAAGAGAAAAAUCGAGAAUUUAGAGAGCUCAGAGAUGAAAUCCAGAGACUCCGAGACCAAAAAGAAAAUCUCAUCCAAAAUGGGGAUCAAGAAGUAUUUAUGCUACGGAAAGCCCUACUCCCUCCGUGAGCAAGCAAAAAAUAAUUUGUUCGCUCAGGAAGGGGGUUAAUUUUUUUAAAAAAAUUAUAUAUAACUUUAUAGUAGUUUUUUUUCUUCAAAAUUUAAAAAAUCCAAACCAAAUGGAAAGUAAAUAUUAAUUAACUUAUAAAAUUUAUGUUUUAAAAUGCAAGCUGCUCACAAUUAAACAAAAUUAGCUAGAGAUUUCGUUAUAUUAUUUUAUCACUUAUAUAUCAAAAUUUUUCCCAUAAAAAAUUCAUUCAUGGAGAGGGAAGUUAGAGGACAAAGACAAACAAAUGGCUCAAGAAAGAGAAAGAAUGCUGAUUGAAAUAGAAAAUAAAGAAAAAUACAGAAUUAAACAAAAAAACGAAUGGGCUGAAAUCUAUACAGGUCUUAAGCAUGAAAUUAAAGACUUAAAAGAGCGAUUGGUGUUGGCUUCACAGGAAAAUGAAAAUUUAGCUGUAAGAAUGGAUAGAAACCAAGGGGAAAGCAUGGAAGGUCAAAUGAGCUUGAAGACUCAAAUUGAUGCUUUUAAGCAGAAAAUUAGAGAAAAGGAACAAGAGCUGAAAAAUCUGUGGGAAGUCUUGGCUGAGCUACAAAAAACAUAUCAAACUAAAGGUUAAGAUUAAGGGGCUUAAAGUCUUCCAGAUUUGAUGCCUCCGCACGCUUUCGACAGCCGACACCUGCUUGCCAGGGUGCCCAUCAGCACCUGUGGAACGUCUGUCUUCUCUCGGAACUGGGCUUGCACAGUCUACCCUGAGUAUCGACGGGUUAGAAAGACUCCUCGUGCUUCACGUCAUUAGGCCGCUUUGGAGGCAAAGGUUAGCCCGAUGCCUCCUGUCGGUCACCCUGAGGUCAGGUGACGGCCAGGUAAAAGACUACGGCCCUCCGGAACCGGUAGGGAAAGAACCCGUAGCCAAAAACCCAUCCGGAUAAUUAACACUUCGGACUGGAAUGGCCACCAGCUGACUCCCAAGGUUUACCCACCCCAUACGGCCGCUCUAGGCAAGCUAAGGGUUAGAAUUAAAGGGCCUGAACCUUGGUUUAGGCUAUAAAGCCAUUUUGGGCGCCAGGAGUGGUGCGACCUCCGUCAGGACAUAUUUCUUCGCCACCACCAUAUUAAUUCUAUCAAACUAAAGAAAAAAUCGACUUCAACGAUGUAAGAACUCUUCUAGUUAUUAAAAAUUUAGACGAGAAAGCAAGACAAAGGAUCAGGCUAUAA